CAUUAGUCAUUAGUCUCAAUUUUUGGCCUCUUUAUUCCCCUACCUUUGCCUCAGUCGCCUUCCCUUUUCUUCAGAUUCUCUCUCUCCCUCUGACUCCUCCUACCCCUCUCCCUAUCUAUAAACGCCUCCACUUCGAUCAGAUCCCAGCACACCAACCGGAGAUUAUCCCUCACCAAGUCAUCCAUGACGCUUGGCUCAGGAGGAUCCAGUGUCGUGGUUCCUCGGAACUUCAGAUUGUUGGAGGAACUUGAACGUGGAGAAAAAGGUAUUGGAGAUGGAACGGUCAGCUAUGGAAUGGAUGAUGGAGACGACAUCUACAUGCGGUCUUGGACUGGAACAGUAAUUGGUCCUCACAAUACCGUGCAUGAAGGUCGCAUCUAUCAGUUGAAGUUGUUUUGUGAUAAGGAUUACCCAGAGAAGCCCCCAAGUGUUCGGUUUCAUUCACGGAUCAAUAUGACUUGUGUGAACCAUGAAACUGGAGUGGUGGAACCAAAGAAGUUUGGACUUCUUGCGAAUUGGCAGCGAGAGUACACCAUGGAGGAUAUACUGACUCAGCUGAAAAAGGAGAUGGCAGCCCCACUCAACAGGAAGCUUGUCCAGCCUCCAGAAGGCACCUACUUCUAGCUUUGAAGAUGGUAUAGAUAUCAUGGAUCAUAUUGCAUAUGCGAUGUGCAAUAUAUAGUGUGUAAUGCUUUGUUGAUCCCGUUGAAGUGAGAAUGCCCUGGAAAGUUUCUCCUAUAGUCUGCUGGGAUUCAUUGUUGUUUGUCAUCGUAUUUUCUUUAACUCUGUUGAAAGAUGCUGUUUGUUAAUGGGAUUUAUAUGUGUGUCAAGUAUCAAAAGCCCCCUUAAGUGUUAUCGCA